AUGCCUUCACUGUGGACAAGGAAAUCGGUGACUGUGGCGGUCAGUCAACUGGAUGCCUGGACUGACAGCUCACUCAACCAUCGGGCAAGCGCUCAUGUUCAAGUGAUGAAUGGUCUUGUCAUGGAAGACGACACUUUGCAGUGUCGUGUGAGCAGCACCAAACCUGACCAGCUCGUUAUCUCAAUGGCUUUGAGUCCGACUUUCCCCAAUCCGGAUAUGAAGCUUUGCUACCUGGUGGAAAAGAUUCGAGCUGUGUAUGGUGAAGAUCUUGACGAUGAGACCUGUUUCGGAAUUUUGAAAUCGCAUCCUCGGUACAUCUCGUGCUUGCAAAACCUUGCCCGUUUGCGUGGUCAUCUCCCUGAAGAUGAGCCGCUCCUUGUCGAGUUUCGUAUGCAGGCUCCCUUCAACAUCCAUGCUGACCUCGUUACCCAGAAAGAAGAUGCCGUCUUCUUUGGGUUCGAGAUCUCGCAUGAGAAUGGCGAGACCAAUAUCUGGUUUGAGCUGAAGGAGAACGGCAAAGAGUUCAAAACAGUCACUAUCGAGAAACUGUACUCUAGUUCUUUCAAACAAACUGCUGGCAGAGCCAAGAAGGGUAUGUUUCAGAGCCAGAUGUCGUCGAUUCCUGAGAGCGUGAGUUUUGUCUCGCCCACAAAGGCGUCUCGUUCUCGCCGCCAGCAGAGUGUGGCCUCCAAAGAUGACAACUCCACCAUCAAGACGGAAGACCAGGGAGCCAAUCGAAUGGAUGUUGACGACGACGAUGACGAAUCGUCAUGGGACUCGAACCUUAGGGACUCUGAGAGCGAGGAAGGUGAAACGCCGGAGAUGGAAGCACUGCGCAAGCAGGUGGCGGAGUUGACAUCGAUCGUCUCUGGCCUUGCUCAAACCAAGUCGUUUGACAGCAGUGAAGGUAGCAAGUCAAACCUUGCCGGCAAUUUGAAGAAGAAGAAGACGAAUCAAGGCAAUGCUUCAAGCAGCUCUAUUGCCGGUGACAGCAAGGCUUCUCGUCGCAGCACUGGAACUCGUGGUACCAAAGCUCGAGAAGAGAAACGCAAGGUUGGAGGUAGUGGUGGAGCUGGAGCUGGUGGAGAUGAGUAUGCAAAGAAGACCCUCUGAAAUUAGGCCAAUCUGUUGUGGUGGCCAUCCCCUCUGUGUUUCUGGUUGUUCAAGUGGCAAAUGGAUGGGUCUGUCAAUGCUGUUGAAGAGGUUGCAAGUGAUGAGGAGACUGUAGUCUUAGAUAACAAACAAAACUAGUAGGAG